AGCUCCGCGCUGAGAGGAGAGGCGUGUACUGGGCUACGCGCCGGAGAAGGAGGAGGAAAAAAGGGACCAUAGACUUAUACGUAGAGGCCUAGAGAGGCUCUUAAAGUAGUGGGAACAGGAGGGCGGCCGGGUACCACCUUCAGAGCUGGCCGCCGGCGGUAUCAUGGCCACCCGGAAUCCCCCUCCCCAAGAAUAUGAAAGUGAUGAUGAUUCUUAUGAAGUGCUGGAUUUAACUGAGUAUGCAAGAAGACACCAUUGGUGGAAUCGAGUGUUUGGCCACAGCUCUGGACCCAUGGUAGAAAAAUACUCUGUAGCUACCCAGAUUGUAAUGGGCGGAGUAACUGGCUGGUGUGCAGGAUUUUUGUUCCAGAAAGUUGGAAAACUUGCAGCAACUGCAGUGGGUGGUGGCUUUCUUCUCCUUCAGAUUGCCAGUCACAGUGGCUAUGUGCAGAUUGAUUGGAAGAGAGUUGAAAAAGAUGUAAAUAAAGCAAAAAGACAGAUUAAGAAACGAGCAAAUAAAGCUGCACCUGAAAUUAACAACAUAAUUGAAGAAGCAACAGAAUUUAUCAAACAGAACAUUGUAAUAUCCAGUGGCUUUGUGGGAGGUUUUUUGCUCGGCCUUGCAUCUUAAGGACAUGAAUGUUCUGUCACCAUGGAGUCAUAUGAGAGAAGAGGAAUGAUGAUGUCUAGGUGGUCUCUCAACAUUGCACGCUGCCACAUUCUCCAGGGAGGCGAAAAUCAAUUAUAGCUGGACUGUAUCAACUCACAAAUUAGCAUUUUGCCAUCUGAAACUUGGCAAUCUCCAGUAUCUGCUAUAAAUUAUCUAGUUAGUAUGUGCACAAUAGUAUUCCUGAGCAAAACAUGGCUUUCAUUAUUUUUUUUAAAUUUGCAUUUCUUUAGAAAUUAGCAUAUAAAAUAUCACCUUUGGAUGUAGAUAUGGUAAGAAAAAAACCCUGCUGGUUGUAUUCCCCAGUGGAAUAUUAUCUUUGUUUUAUUUAAAUAAGAUGUUCUUCAUUGUGCUUUAUAAUAUAUUGCCAAUAAUUAAAAAUUUGUAUUGUAGCUUCAACAUUAGGGCCGUCUCUUCUUUUUUUUUAAAGAUGUAUUUGCAGUAAACUGAAGAACUGUUAUGCCCUUUUGUGGAAGGAUUUAGAAAUGAUAGCAUUAUUAAAGAUAUUCAACAGAUUUCA